UUCUUAACUAAUUAUUCUGCUUGCUAACAACUAAUCUGUAAGGACCUUAUAUAGUAUUGUUGUGGAUCUAUAAGUUUCCUUAUCAGUGUUCUCCAGAGUCAGCAAUGUCGGCACUUUGUCUGUUGGGAGGAUUCGUUGCCCAUUAAGAGGAAAUAACACUCACACUGUAAAAGUUGGUAGCAUGGGCUGAAGUGAGGUUUCCUAGCAACAUCUAGUGGUACAAGCAUGUUAUCAAAACAACUACUCUUUAGACUUAGUCUAUAGAUACUGUGUUCAAUCACACACUGUGGCUGGAAUGUAGAAAUUUAAUUUGCAGUAAUUAAAACUUAUGUCUCAAUUCUCAAAUUGCAGUAAUUUAAUUAAGACUGCAGAAAUAACUGGUUAUAUGGUAACGAUACGACAUCUUGAUACAUUAAAAUAACCAGAUCUAGCUUGCCAAGUUACUUUUAAUAUAAUAGUGCAGAACAAGAAAUGGAACUUAUUUGGGCAUACGUGCUUAGAUCUGAUAUUCUGUUUAUCAAUUUUUUUGUGUUCAAUUACUGUUUCCAGGGUAGCUUUACAGACAUUGAAGUGUACAGUCAGACCUCUCUAGACUGACACUCGAUAAUCCGACACUCACUUUCUGACAAGUGAAAAUAUUUUACCUGGGUCACUGUGUAGUUGUUACCAUAAUUUGAAUUGAUAGUUUGACAGCAACCAGCAGGACAAACGUGGUCUGAAUAACGAGUUCUAAUUGUAUUGAAUAAGUCUUUCUAAGAGAUUAGUGAUUUAUUGAGAACUUCUGGAAAUAUGUUUGUUUUCAUAUUUUGUCAUUUAUAGUGCAACUAUUGACAUUGUAAAUUCUGUCAGUACUGACACGUUUUGUCAUCUUUUGCUUUGCCAUCAUCCCGUUGUGUACUGCCAAUUUUAGUCGUUAUGCAAACAAGUGAGGCAUUUAUUAAGUAGUCGUUUGUUGUUGCAUGUGAUCUCAUGUAAUCAAGGAUACAAUCAUUGAGUGUAGUUCUCAUACAAGGACAGCAAUACAGUCAGACCUCGUUAUUUCGCCCACAUUUGUCUCACUGGUUUCUGUCGGACUAAUGCAACUGUUGGAUUAUCGGUAACCAUAGCAAAGUGACUAUGUACUCUCACGUGUACCUUUGUUGGAAAGUGAGGGUAUCGGAAUAAUGAGAGAAUGAAUAUGAGAUUCAGCGCAUGAAACUGGAGGAAUUCCAGUUGCAGAGUACUUUGCUAUCAGCACACUCAGCAGCUCGUCAACAACAAGCAAGCGUCUACAACGAGUUCACUAAACGAAUUAAAGGUCGACAGGCUGCCGUGAAAGGACCCAGAGAAAAAGAAGUAACGUAUUGCCACUCAGAAUCUGUAACAACGCCUGGGAGAGUGAAGCUCGAGUCAACUUGCACUAAACAAGUGAGAGACGUGUGUGAGUCUAUUGGAAAAUAUCUAUUGGAGCUGAAUGACAGUAAAGAAGAUGAAUCGGAUGAAAUAAGGAAAGAACUGCAAGACAAGAAAGAUCGAAUAUGGACAGAUUUAGAGCGAGUUUUGUCUGAACAUCUAUUGCCAGAAGUGUUGCAAUCUUUGCUGGAGGUCAGUCACACUGGUUGUCAGGAUCUAUCCGAACAAACUAACAAAGUGAACAUAAGAAAAGAUGCUGAGAAUUUGAGAUUCAAGUAUGAAGAAGGACAUCUCAAAGACAUGUCAUCACCAAAACCCUUUAUGGAGAGUGUAAAAGAGCUAAUUGAGGGUUUGCAGCGUGAUCAUAUUCGCUGCUUUUUGGAUCAUCAGGAAGCAGCGAAUGAGUUUUGGCGAGGAAGAGAAAGGCUACUGCAGUUAGAGGGGAAGCUUGAUGGUAUGCUGUCGAUGAGUAACGAAGCCGUGGUCUCACCUGUGAUAAGAUUGCUUAUUUCGUGUCGAGUUGAGAUUGCUGGUGAAGCUGCAGCAUUACAAUAUCGGAGGCAACUUGUCGAUGAGUUUUUGUCAGAGAGGACAGCCAAACAACGGUCUGCUGCUCAACUGAAAAGCAUUCGUGAUCGUAUUCAGAACUUCAUGGCUUUAUCACAAGAGAAACAGUCUCUUAUUCAGCUUCUUGUGAAGCAGAACUGUGCUGCAAAGCAGCAUAAGGUGUCUCAAAAGGCUGAGUUAAUGCAGUACAUUCAAGGAACAUUGAAUGGCCAUAGUCAUCACAUCUCUUCUCUCGGUGCCUCACUACGCGACUGCGUCACACAAGGAGUGAAUCGCUUUCUCGAGAUUCCCGUGUUUCGUCUCAGACAAGCGCCAAACACACGAACGCCUGCAGUCGACAUGUCUAUCAAUCAUCUCUCAAUCUGUUGUCCAAGGAAGGAUGUUCUACGUGCUGUAAUGGAGUGCGUAGGUGUUGCCUGGUAUAAGGCUCCAGAGGAGAUUUUUACUUCACUGGACAAGCUACUCAGACACAUACAAGCUUCAACUCCAUCUGGCAGUAGUCUGAAUCUUGAAGUCAGCCGUGUUGUUCCUAAGAAAACUAAGGAAGCCAAAGCACUUGUGGUGGCUGUGCAAGAGAAGCAAGAAGAGCAGCUACGAACCUUCCAACCUAUAUUGCAAAGGAAAUGGAUGGCGGCCAGUCAAGGUCUAGCGACUUGCCUUCAUGUGCAAGAACUAGUGCAACAAUGGUGGACUCAGCCUGUACAAUUGAUCAAAACUGAUGUGGUGUUUGAAGGACUCACGUUACAGCAGUGGCUGGAUCGAUGGACCGUGCUUCUGUUGCAGUUUCGGCAAUUGCAGUCACAACACCAACAUUAGUUAAUUAUUAAGAAAUUAUUGAGGUCCAUGGUGGGUGGUCUGUAUGUCCCAAUAAUGAACGGCUGUAAGUGUAUAUUGAUCAAUACACAGAUAUAACA